AUGUUGGAUCCGUUCACUCUUGCAUGCAUUUUGGCGGUUGUUGCUGGUGUCAUUGCCGUCAUUUUUUAUUUGUUCAGUGGCACGGAUGACGAAAGGGAUUUCGAAAAGGCAUUUGGUGAAAAUGCUCGUAAACUUCUCAAUCAAGAUCGUGAAAAACACAAGACAAAGGUUAAAAUACCGAAAAAGAAAGAAGGACGGGAAAAGAAGGCUGAGGUGAGGCAGGAGGCUGAUGCAGACGUGGAUCUGGCGGUAGCUGGUGGCGAUUCGGUGGCCGAGCCAGUCGAAAAUGUUCCUGUAUCGACAUCCGUCUCGACAAAUGGAUCUCCUCCGGAACUAAAGAUGAAGAAGCACUCUAAAAAGGAAAAGCUUGCCCACGAGGAAUCUACGGGUGAGCAACAUUCUUCAACUAAUUCCAAGUCUGAGAAAGAAAGGAAACCCAAGAAGAAAAUCGCUAUAGUCAAUAUCAAUGACCUGGAUUCAAACAAAGUACUUACGCGUAUUGCAUCGCUUGAAGAAAUCGAACCCGAGUAUAUCAGCUAUCUUGCAUCCUACUUUCACGAUACUAAUGCCAAGACCACAAGCACUUUCUUCACAGUGAUGAAUAAUGAUAUCUUCUUAUUCGAAUAUCACCUACAAAAAUGGCAAUUGGGUCUCCGUGUCAUUUCUGAGUUGACUUCCAAACUUCAAGCACUCUCCGUUUCCGAAGCGGCCGCGAAACGACAGAUAAUGCAGCUGAAUAACGUAUGCGUUGAAAAUGACACACUCAAAUCAGCUCUCUCUAAAUCUGCAGCGGAUGCAGCAGCAGCAUCGAAGGCCAUUUCUAAUCUGGAAGCAAUGAAAGUUAACAAUGCCGAACUGACUGAUCGUCUCGCGAAAAUGAACAAGUCUCUCAACGAAACUGUGGAACAAAACGCUGCGCUGAAGCGAGAGAUUGCCGAGUUUGCAAAGCAAGCUGCUGCACUCGAUCAUCUCAAGCAAGAAUUCGCGACACUCGAUACCGCAGCCAGGCAGUUGAAGGCUGAACUAGAGGACAAAACUCGCGUCAUAGAGGAAACAAAACUAAUGACAUCGAACACUGAUUCCGUUAAGAGGGCUGAAAGUGAAAGGGACGAGAUUGCUCAUCAAUUUGCACAGGCUCGCUCCGAAUGGGAACAGGUUUUACCUGUUUGCGAGUGA